UUGACUCUGCUGCUGUGCGCGCAGCUCUGAAUGUACCAUAAUAAUGAGAUGAGCGGGGACCCUUACAUGUGCAUAAAGCCCUCUCGGGCAAAUUAUUAGUAAGUUGUCCUUUUGUACCGACACUUUUACCGCUUUAACACAACAGUGUCAUCAGACCGAAACGGUUUCCUGCCCGAGCGGCGUUAAUCUGCACAGAACCGCGAAGACAAGCCACCGGAUUGGGUUUAUAGGCAAUAUUCCAGUCCGUUCCUGUGAAUCGCGUUCUGCUCGCGGUUUACGCGUUAUUGGGAAGCAAACCAUUGGGGUAUAUAUAUAGCGUGACCCGGUAUAGAAACACAAUGGCGUGAAUGUGCUCAAAACGACGUCUCCCACGCGAGUGGACAGCAUACUUGUCUACAACUGUGUCCCCAUUACUGCAAGGACAAGUGGAUAAAAUGUGUUUCAGAUUCUCAGGAAUUAAAGUGCUACAUGGAUGACGUUUAUACGCGACAGAAUGUUUACCCUCACAGAAGUUGCCUCUCUAAAUGACAUCCAACCAACUUAUCGUAUACUGAAACCAUGGUGGGACGUCUUUAUGGAUUACCUGGGCGCAGUCAUGCUUAUGCUGGCCAUAUUUGCCGGGACCAUGCAGUUAACCAAAGAUCAGGUGGUUUGCCUUCCUGUUCUGGAAUCGGUGGAGGACCAAACCCCUGUGGCCAUGGAAAGGCCACCAGAGAAAGCUCUUGGCUCAGGGACAGGAGGAGGCCAUGUGACAUUGGCAGCUGCACCUUUAGCAAGCAAAGAACAAACCGACAGUGUUGUCCAACACUUCCCACAGUCGUCUGCUGUCAGGCAACCUCAGCCUACGGGUUUACGAACAAAUCUGGAUUUUCAGCAGUAUGUCUUUGUUAAUCAGAUGUGCUACCAUGUUGCCCUUCCAUGGUAUUCAAAAUACUUUCCAUAUCUAGCUCUCAUUCACACUAUUGUUCUCAUGGUAAGCAGUAACUUUUGGUUCAAGUAUCCAAAGACCAGUUCCAAAAUUGAGCAUUUUGUGUCUAUUUUGGGUAAGUGUUUUGAGUCCCCUUGGACAACCAAGGCAUUGUCUGAGACAGCCUGUGAAGACUCCGAAGAGAAUAAGCAGAGAUUGACUGGAGCCUCUACAUUACCAAAGCAUCUUUCAACCAGCAGUGAGGAGGGAAGUCCAAAUCAGUCCACACCCAUGCUUGCAAAAUCUAACAUUAAGUUUUCUGCGGAGAAGCCAGUCAUUGAAGUUCCAAGUAUGACUAUACUUGACAAGAAAGAUGGAGAGCAAGCUAAAGCACUUUUUGAGAAAGUGAGGAAGUUCCGUACACAUGUAGAAGACAGCGACAUGAUCUAUAAACUCUAUGUAGCUCAAACAAUAAUAAAAACUGUCAAAUUCAUUCUGAUUCUGUGUUACACCAUGACCUUUGUCACGUCCAUUAAAUUCGACCAUGAUUGUGAGCCUGAAAUUAAGCAUUUAACUGGAUACGCAAAAUUUAAAUGCACCCAUAACAUGGCUUUCAUGUUGAAAAAACUCCUCGUUAGCUACAUUGUCCUCAUUUUUGUUUAUGGCUUGGUUUGCAUUUACACACUUUUUUGGCUAUUUAGACGGCCUCUUAAAGAGUACUCUUUUGAGAAAGUUCGAGAAGAAAGCAGUUUUAGUGAUAUCCCAGAUGUGAAGAAUGACUUUGCUUUCCUCCUACACAUGGUGGACCAGUAUGACCAAUUGUACUCGAAACGUUUCGGUGUCUUUCUCUCAGAGGUAAGCGAGAACAAACUGAGGGAAAUCAGCUUAAACCACGAGUGGACCUUUGAAAAACUACGCCAACACGUGACUCGCAAUGCACAGGACAAGCUUGAGCUGCAUCUUUUUAUGCUCUCAGGUGUUCCUGAUGCGGUCUUUGACCUCACUGAUUUAGAGGUCCUAAAACUCGAACUCAUCCCAGAGGCACGUAUCACAGCGAAAAUUUCCCAGAUGAUCAACCUCCAUGAAUUGCACUUUUACCACUGCCCCGCCAAAGUUGAACAGACUGCAUUCAGUUUCCUCCGCGAUCACCUCCGGUGCCUUCAUGUCAAGUUUACGGAUGUAGGAGAGAUUCCCACUUGGGUUUACAUGCUAAAGAACUUGAGAGAGCUCUACUUGGUGGGAAACCUGAACUCCGAGAAUAACAAAAUGAUAGGAUUAGAGUCUCUCAGGGACUUGAGGCAUCUAAAGAUCCUACAUCUGAAGAGCAACCUUACCAAGAUCCCGACUAACAUUACAGACUUAUCACCCCACCUGAUCAAACUUGUGGUUCACAAUGAUGGUACUAAACUCUUAGUGUUAAAUAGCUUGAAAAAGAUGAUGAACCUUGCUGAACUGGAGCUGCACAAUUGUGAACUGGAGAGGAUACCGCAUGCAAUUUUUAGUUUGAACAACCUGCAGGAGUUGGACUUGAAAUCGAACAAUAUCCGUACCAUUGAAGAGGUCAUCAGCUUCCAGCACCUCAAGCGGCUUAACUGCCUCAAACUGUGGCACAAUAAAAUAAUUUCCAUUCCAUUGUCCAUAAGUCAUGUAAAAAACCUAGAGUUCCUCUAUCUGUCACAUAACAAACUAGAGACAUUGCCUACCACUCUGUUCAGUCUUCUUAAACUUAGAUACCUGGAUGUUAGUCAGAGCUCCAUCGUAGUGAUUCCUCCAGAGGUGGGGUUUCUCCAGAAUCUACAGCACUUUGCCAUCACCGGAAACAAGGUGGAAGUGGUUCCUAAGCAGCUGUUCAAAUGCACAAAGCUGCGUACCCUAUCCCUUGGGCACAAUUGCAUCUCGUCGCUGCCAGAGAAAAUCGGGCAGUUGCUGCAGCUGACUAAUCUUGAGCUGAAGGGGAACUGCCUGGAUCGCCUGCCCGCACAGCUUGGCCAGUGCCGACUCUUGCGCCGAAAUGGCCUCAUUGUGGAGGACCACCUUUUUGAUUCACUGCCCCUAGAGGUCAAAGAGAGCAUAAGUCAGGAAACCAGUGCUAAUUUUGCUAACGGAGUGUGAUUGUUGAUCAGGAAAAAAACGGUUAGAUGGUUUUCUGAGUGAACGGAAUUAGAGAGCGCAAAAGGCAGUGUUUCAGUACUUCUGUUUUUUUUUUCCUUGUCUUUUAAAUUUUUGUCCAGAAGUUUUAUCCAGGACAGUUGGCAUGAAUGGAUGUUCUAUGUGUAAGGAAUGAGUCCAGUAUCAAAGCUUAUGUUAACAUUUGUUGUAAUUUUUUAUUUUUAUUGCAGUUUACUACAAUUUGUUUUUUUGCACAGGCUAAAACAAAUUGCCGGUAAGCCAAUAUAAAUGUUUGUGAACUUUAACUAUGCUUAGUGCAUAGA